AUUUCCCCCGUUGCUUGUCUUCUCCAACAACAGUCCGAUUCCAAUCUCCUCAUCAAAUCAAUCUGAAAAAGUUCUACUAUUUUAAUAUAUACUCUACAUCGAAGACAAUCCCCAAUUCAUAACUUUUUCCUCCCCGGCGGAAAUGGAUUCCCUCCCUAACGGAAACUCUGCUGCCUCCACUCUCGUUGCCACCACCCCAGCUGUACCAACCACCGCGACUCCGUCUUCAAAACUCACGCAACUAACGGAUUCGUUAAAACUCGAGCACCAGUUCUUGCGAGUCCCCUUUGAGCAUUACAAGAAAACGAUCCGAGCUAAUCACCGAUUCGUCGAGAAAGAAGUCUCGUCCGUCAUCACUGCCGUCAAUGACACCGCCGAUUCCGAUAUAUCCAAAGACGACGCCGUUCAGCAGCUUACUUCUCUUGUGUCCAGAUUGCAGGGGCUGAAAAGAAAGUUGGAAGAGGGAAGUAAGACAGAGCAUUUGCAAGCUCAAAGGUGUCGUGCUCGACUUGACCAUUUAGAAUCAGUAGAUGCUGAGAAUCUUUCGGAAUGGAGCAACACUCGUCUGAAGCGGAUUCUUGUGGACUAUAUGCUGCGAAUGUCUUAUUAUGAAACUGGAAUGAAGCUUGCUGAAAGCAGCAAUAUGAUGGAUCUUGUUGAUAUUGAUGUAUUUCAAGAGGCAAGAAAGGUUAUUGAUGCCCUUCAGAAUAGGGAGGUAGCUCCUGCUCUAGCCUGGUGUGCCGAUAACAAAUCACGAUUGAAGAAGUCAAAGAGCAAAUUUGAAUUCCAGUUGAGACUUCAAGAGUUUAUAGAGUUGGUACGAUCUGAAAACAACAUGCGUGCCAUUGCAUAUGCUCGAAAGUAUCUAGCUCCAUGGGGAGCUACCCAUAUGAAAGAAUUGCAGAGGGUCAUGGCAACAUUGGCUUUUAAGAGUCACACUGAAUGUGCAACAUACAAGGUUUUAUUUGAACCAAAACAAUGGGACUACUUGGUGGAUCAAUUUAAACAGGAAUUCUGCCGGUUAUAUGGCAUGACCCUGGAGCCCUUGCUGAAUAUUUAUUUACAAGCAGGCUUAUCCGCACUGAAAACUCCAUACUGUUAUGAGGACGAUUGCACAAAGGAGGAUCCACUUUCACAGGAGAGCUUCCGGAAAUUGGCAUCACCUUUGCCAUACUCUAAGCAGCAUCAUUCAAAGCUUGUUUGCUACAUAACCAAAGAGCUGAUGGACACAGAAAAUCCACCCCAAGUCUUGCCUAAUGGCUAUGUCUACAGCACUAAGGCACUUGAAGAAAUGGCGAAGAAAAACAAUGGUAAAAUAACCUGUCCCAGAACAUCUGAUGUCUGCAAUUAUUCUGAGGUGGUAAAGGCAUACAUCUCAUAAUCAGAUGAAAUCAAAUAACUUUAAAGGAAGAAAACAAUCCUGUGAUGGCCUCUGAACUCAUCUGUAAAUAGUGAUAACAUAAAAGUAAUUCCAUUUGCACCUCUGGCUGUAGAAUUGGAGACUUGCUGCAUGUACAUAUGAAAAAACUCAAACUUCUCUCAAUGUUUUUUUUUUUUCUUUUUCGAUAUCUGAAUGAAGAAACCUGAGAAUGAUUCAUUAUCACUGAAAACGUGGAUACCUGAUGUUCUGCAUUUAAUUCAAA